UCCAUUGUGUACACACUGUCACGUCACUUUUGACUGCAAAUGUUGGGGAGACAACCACGAAAAUGCCAAGUGCAGCACAGGCGACUGCCGUAGCAGCUGCGGUGCUGUAUGGGAGUCUCUCAUUAUCAAUGGCAUUUGUCAACAAAGCUGUGAUAAGUCAAUAUAAAUUUAAUUACCCAUUCUUUCUUAUGGCAUGUCAGAUGCUGUUAACAAUGUGUGUCCUUGAGGCUUUGCGUGCCUUAGGAAAAGUAUCUUUGCCACCACUCACAACUGCAUCUGUAAAAGUUUUCCUUUUACCAUCUUUGUGUUACUCUUUGCAUGCUACAUUGUCUCUGUUAGCGCUUGAAGGUAUGAACAUCCCAAUGUAUGGAGCUUUAAAGAGAUGCACCCCACUAGUCAACAUGGUAUUGGCAGUUGUGUACCUUAAGAAGCCGUUGCCAUCAGCUCUACUUAUUAUGUCAGUCUUCACCAUCACAUUUGGGUGUUUAAUAGCUGGGCUUUCUGACCCAAGUUUUGAUGGGUUUGCAUAUACUAUGGGAAGCUUAAGUGUUGUGACACAAGCAGCAUACCUUACACUGGUUCAACAGUGUGGAGAGAAUCAGUUCUCUCCUCUGCACAUCCUUCAUCUUAAUAGCUGCAUCUCCUUCACUCCGUUUAUGCUCCUAACAUUUGCCUUUGGAGAGGUGGACAAAGUUUUGAGAUUUGAAUAUUUUAAUGAUACAAGAUUCCUAAUAAUCUUGCUGGUGCUACUAGUAUUCGGCCUUUCGCUUAAUUUCUCGCUGUUCCUGUGCACAAUGCUCAACUCGGCCUUAACUACCUCUAUUAUUGGUGUUAUCAAAUCUGUCCUCCAAACAGUUAUUGGCUUUUUUGUUUUUGGGGGUGUGGUGUUUGAUCCUGUUAAUUUAACUGGCAUUGUGUUAAACACAGUGGGAGGCUUCAUGUACACAUAUACAAAAUACAAGGAGGAAUGGAAAAAAAGAGUUAAGAUAGACCUAGGUGAUGCUGGAAUACAACACACUGGGUGGGAGCUUAAAGAAAAGCUUGGAACUAAAAGGUGAUGAAGUUGCACCUUGACAGAGUGAAAGUAAGUGCUAUGGAUGUUUCUAUUUGUGUAUUUAUGAGUUGCGUAAUUAUGGAGAGACAAUGUUUCCAAAUGGAAAAGGAUAUUUUUUGUAAGGAUUAGAAAUCCCUGUGCAGUAUUUAUAUGAGAUAAAGUCUGAUAUUUCAUUUAGAAAACUAAUUUAAUGAUUAUAGAAAUAUCUAGGGAAGUUUAGGUAAACAGUAUAUUAUAUUCAUGAGACCAGACUCAGGUUAUGAAAAAAUAUGUUGACAGCAUUUUAACUUAUAUACUAACAUAUUCUGUGCUAGGUCAGCCAAAUAGUAAAAACAAGAUUUUGAAAAAAAGGAAAGGAGUGAAAUCUCAUGGUAUUUUGUUAAGUUUUGAUUUUUAAUACUGGUAGUAUAUAUUCUAUUGGAUGUCAAGUUAUUCUUGAUUUUAUUCACAUGAAAUAAUAUGACAGUACUUAUGAUUAUAAUUAUGGAAUGGACUGAGUCUGUAGAUAUUUUUUCACAUGUUAAGUAUUAAUUGAAUGACAUGUAAACCAAAGAUGACUUCUUUUCCCAUGGCACAUUGAUCAAUGUGUCUAUCAACACAGUCAGAGAAAUAUAUAUAUAUAUAUAUAUAUA